ACCUUUUCAUCAUUCAAUUCAACGCUCUCUUCAUUCCUCAAGUUCUCUAGCUCUCUCUCUCUUACCCACAUCAGCUUUCUGUACAUAUUUUUGACAAGGAAGCUAGUUAUGGGUAUUGAGAUUGAGCAACCUUGUGUGGAGCUUUCAAACAUUGCUACCUCUGAAACUCAUGGGGAAAACUCUCCCUAUUUUGCUGGAUGGAAAGCUUAUGAUGAAAACCCCUAUCAUGAGUUAACUAAUCCCUCUGGUGUUAUCCAAAUGGGGUUGGCAGAGAAUCAAGUUUCAUUUGAUUUGCUUGAGAAGUACUUGGAAGAACACUCUGAGGCAUCCACAUGGGGAAAAGGAGCUCCUGGUUUCAGAGAGAAUGCUUUGUUUCAAGACUAUCAUGGACUUCAAUCCUUCAGAACAGCAAUGGCUAGCUUCAUGGAACAAAUAAGAGGAGGGAGAGCCAAAUUUGACCCUGCAAGAGUGGUCCUCACUGCUGGUGCUACUGCUGCCAAUGAACUCUUAACUUUCAUCCUAGCAAAUCCAGGAGAUGCUUUACUUGUUCCAACCCCUUACUAUCCUGGAUUUGACAGAGAUUUAAGGUGGAGAACUGGAGUCAACAUAGUUCCAAUCCACUGUGACAGCUCAAACAAUUUUCAGAUCACCCUUGAAGCUUUAGAAGCUGCAUACAAAGAAGCAGAAGCCAUGAACUUCAAAGUGAGAGGUGUACUAAUCACAAACCCAUCAAACCCACUAGGAAUAACAAUUCAACGCUCAGUCCUAGAGGAUCUUUUCGACUUCGUCACACGCAAGAACAUCCAUCUUGUCUCAGAUGAAAUCUAUUCGGGCUCCGUUUUCUCCGCCACAGAAUUCACAAGUGUGGCGGAGAUUCUCGAAGCCCGCAAAUACAAAGAGGCCGAGCGUGUCCACAUUGUUUAUAGUCUCUCCAAGGAUCUCGGUCUCCCCGGAUUCCGAGUUGGGACUAUUUACUCGUACAACGACAAGGUCGUGACAACCGCUCGGAGGAUGUCAAGUUUCACCUUGAUCUCCUCUCAGACUCAGCACUUGUUGGCUUCCAUGUUGUCCAAUGAGGAGUUCACUCAGAACUACAUUGAGACAAACAGAGUGAGGCUGAGAAAGAGGUACAAAAUGAUCAUUGAAGGUUUGCGAAGCGCGGGGAUCGAGUACUUGGAAGGGAAUGCAGGGUUGUUUUGCUGGAUGAAUCUGAGUCCUCUUUUGGAGGAACCAACAAGGGAAGGUGAAUUGAAGCUAUGGGAUGCUGUUUUGCAUGAAGUGAAGCUGAAUAUCUCUCCAGGAUGCUCUUGCCGUUGCGACGAACCGGGUUGGUUCAGGGUUUGCUUUGCAAACAUGAGUGAGCAGACGCUGGAAAUUGCACUAAAGAGAAUACGUAAGUUCAUGGAAAGAAUAAGGACACAAAAGAAAUAGAUAUAUUACUACAUUUUUUUUUUUAUCUUUAACAGUGUCUCCAAAAUGGUUGUGAAACUGUAGCGGUUAUUAUCAGUCUUUUUUUCCAAAUGGUUGUGGCCAUUUUGACAAAUUCUUUAUUCGGGUGACAGCAAAGUCAAAGUCAUGUCCUGAAAGCACAUAGUGUAAAUCUGAUGAUUCUAUUGAAGUGUAUCAUCAAUCCUUGUUUGCUUGCUUAAUUUAAGCAAGUUCUGCCGUGUAAGUCAUUUGUAUCAUUAGAGUGGAUUACCAUCAAUGAAUGAAAUUUCAAAUUUGUCAUUA